GUGAGGGGAGGAGGAAGAGGCGGCGGAGGAGGAAGGAGGAGCCGCCGCCGCCGCUCCCCGGGCCGGCGCCGGGGAUGGUGUUGGCCGCGGCUGCCGGGCCCUGACGCCGCGCUCAGGAGGGAAGCAGCAGUGAUGCUAACUCUGGCAAGCAAGCUGAAGCGGGAUGACGGCGUCAGAGGCCCCCGUGCGCCCACCCCAGCGGCGGACUCCACCCGCAGGGUGUCUGUCCGGGACAAGCUGCUCGUUAAAGAGGUUGCAGACCUUGAAGCUAAUUUACCUUGUACAUGUAAAGUGAAUUUUCCUGACCCAAACAAGCUCCAUUACUUUCAGCUAACUGUAACCCCAGAUGAGGGCUAUUACCAAGGGGGCAAGUUUCAGUUUGAAACUGAAGUUCCUGAUGCCUACAAUAUGGUGCCUCCAAAGGUAAAAUGUUUGACAAGAAUCUGGCACCCAAACAUUACAGAGACAGGAGAAAUCUGCCUAAGUUUAUUGAGAGAACACUCAAUUGAUGGCACUGGCUGGGCCCCAACUAGAACCUUAAAGGAUAUUGUCUGGGGGUUAAACUCUUUAUUUACUGAUCUUUUGAAUUUUGACGAUCCUUUGAAUAUUGAGGCUGCAGAGCAUCAUUUGCGCGACAAGGGGCUGGCCAAACACUGCAGGGUGUGAAGUACCAGUGGUGGGUGUGUUAAAGGAGGACUUUCGCAGUAAAGUGGAAGAUUACAUUAAGCGCUACGCGAGAUGAUGAAGGGGGAUGGAUGGCAGGACCACGGCUCCAGAGCUGUGCUGAGCCUCAACAGCAGCCAAGGCAGCCUGGCUUGUACCAGUCCUGUGUCCACGUUGUACUGAAGAAGAAAACUAACUUCAUAACCUGUCCAUGUUCAAAGGAGAGUUCAGCAAGAAAUUGUGUCUGUUGGUUGAAAAAGUUGUCUGCUUCCUUUUACAAAUGUUUACUCUUCUGAACUGUACUGUAUAUCCUGUUGAUGAGAUAUGCUUGAGAAGUUAAAAGAAGUCACUAUUGAAAUUGUAAUUACACUUUUUUUUUAACUCUUGCCUGAUGUGGAGGGAGGGAAGGGAAAAAACAAACCCAAACAGCCCAAGCAGAAAAGGUGGUGUGUUUUGGAGCACUUCAAGUUGGCAAUAAAUGGUCUCCUGUGAACCAAAUCACAAAA